AUGGCUUCCGGCCCAAUGUCAGUCGACAGCUCAACCAAAGAGCCGCCCGCUGAGCCCGGAGCCAAUCAGGAUGAGCCCAAAUACGGUGGCUACACUCGUUUCGAGCUAGAACUCGAGUUUGUCCAGUCGCUUGGCAACCCUCAGUACUUGAACCAUCUCGCGACCCGCAAGUUUCUCACUGAUCCUCGCUUCGUCGCCUAUCUCAAGUACUUGCUGUACUGGGCUCGCCCGCCCUACCUUAAGUACCUGACUUACCCGGGCCCCACUUUGAAGCAUCUCCAGCUCCUCCAGGAGGAGAGAUUCCGCGAGAACAUCAUUUCCCCGGAGCUCGUCCACCAGCUCAUUGCCGAGGGCAUGAAGGCCGGGGUAGAGUGGCAUCAAGAGACCGAAACAAAGCCUUGA